UUGAGCGCUACACAUUUCAUGCUCACAGAGUUCAACAUGUUCUCGAAGAGUGGACAGCUCAAGAUGACAACACGAUGACCUUGACCACUGUACAGUGGGCGCUUCUCUUGGCAUCUGCUGGGCUAAUCCAAAGCCAUACGCUGCAUUUCACCAUCCAAGAGGAGCAAAGUGCAGGUGCUAAAAUUGGAACUCUAAGAAUGCACUACUCACCUCCAUACCAGCUCCUUGGUAAGAAGUACAUCAGGGUGGAUAAUAACACAGGAGAUUUGUAUACAACAGAACACAUUGACAGAGAGACCUUGUGUUCAUCACAGCUGGAUGGGGAAUGUACUGUUUCAGAUAAUGCACUUGUGAGUUCUAAUUCUGAACUGGUGCAGAUAAUUGUCACUGUGGAGGAUAUUAAUGACAAUUCUCCUUAUUUUGAAAGGAGUGAGAUUUCCUUAAGCAUACCUGAAGAUGCACAGAUUGGUACAGGUUUUCCACUGGACGACCAAGCUAUAGAUGAGGACAUUGGCAGCAAUGCCAUGAUACAUUACCAUUUAGAAGGUUCCAAUGGCUUUUUCGGCAUUAGACAAGACUGGGAUGCACUUGAGUUGGUUGUACAAAAGCAGCUAGAUCGGGAAACGGUUGAAAAAUACUUUUUGGUUCUUGUUGCGGUAGAUGGAGGUCCAUUACCACAUAGCGCUACGGCUAAUCUCAGUGUAAUUGUAACUGAUGUUAAUGACAACUGUCCAGAGUUUGACUCAGAUAGUCCUCACAUUGCUACUGUACAAGGAUUAGGAACCAAAGGCGCUGCAGUGGCACAACUUAAAGCCACAGACAAAGACCUGGGCCAAAAUGCCCAUAUCACAUUCUCCUUCAGUCCUCAGAUCUCUGAUAGAGCCAAAAAGCUCUUUCACAUAAAUGGACACAUGGGUCUGAUCAGCUUAGCUGUUGAUGUGAAGGUUGACAGUCUUGAGGAGCACACGUUGAAAGUCGUCGCAAAUAGCCCACUUUGCCCCCCUGUGCAAAUUCAGGUAACUGUAUACAUCCAACCAGCGGUUAGCCUAGAGCCAGCCAUAAAGAUCAAGUUUGUCGCCGAGCAUAAAAACCAAGUGAUUGUGUUACGCGAAAACGAGACCCCCACCAUAUUGGCCCUCUUGGAGAUGAAAGACACUUCUGGGUUUAAAGGCAUUCUGUCCUUAGAAGCAAACGGCAUGCCAUUUUCUUUGAAACCGCAAGCCAGUGGCUAUUUGCUUUCAACAUUAAAACCGCUAGAUUUUGAGAUGUGCAGCGAAUAUGAUGUUACAGUAGUUAUUUCUGAUGUUCAAGGCGAACGCCUGCACGGAAAAGAGGUGAUCAAAGUCAUGGUUGAGGAUGUGAAUGAUAACGCCCCAAAGUUCCAACAAGCACGCUAUGAAAUGAAAAUCAAGGAGAACAAUAAGCCAGGAGUAUUUCUGCUAAAAGUCACGGCUAGUGAUGCAGACAGCCGUCAGUUUGGCAAAGUGACAUAUUGGCUUAUAAACAGGGGGCCCUUUAGAAUUAACGAAGACACUGGAGUGAUAUCAAUAUCGGAGUCUUUGGAUAGAGAACAGCAGGAGACAUAUAGCCUGACGGUGCUGGCCAAAGACGGUGGCAUUCCGCCUCAGGAGGCCUUCGCGAUAGUGUCUGUAGACAUAUUGGAUGAGAACGACAAUCCGCCCACUUUUCCUACCCCACAUUUUUACUUUUUUGUGUCUGAGAGCAUUCCACAUCUCUCGCAAGUUGGCAAAGUCACCGUAAGCGAUGCUGACGAAGGAGACAAUGGAAGAGUCAUGGACAUGCGCAUCUUAAACAGCACCAUCCCCUUCGCCAUUGACCUUGCACAAGGAUCGCUCCGUAAUACGGGGGAAGUCGACCGUGAGAAGCAAGACCGCUACGAGCUUUUAGUUCUUGCUGUAGAUGGCGGUAGUCCUCCGCUUUCCACCACGGUGCAAAUAACGGUUUUUGUGGAGGAUGUAAACGACAAUCAACCGCAGGUCAUACUUCCUAGCAGCAAUCUCUCUUGUUUGACCAUAUCUCCAACUGCCAGAAAAGGAAGCAUGGUAACAAAGAUAUUCGCCAUUGAUGAGGACUCAGGAAUGAAUUCGUAUAUCACUUACGAGAUCAUUGCAAGAGAACCAGCUCUCCAAAGCCCCUUCAAUAUUGACCAACGCACAGGAAACAUCACGCUGGCCCAUGAUCUGAGCGGCGAGCACCACGUCAUGCACCAUCUCUUCGUAGUCGUUCGCGACGAAGGAAAGCCGACCUCGCUGCAGACCACCGUGUGGGUCAACGUUUUAGUCAACGAGACUUUGGAAAAAUGCCACGUGAAUGAGGUUCCACAAUACUCCUCACCAACGAUACCCCCUCCGACCCCACUUUCUUCCAAAGACUGCAUUUGUGAAUUAAAAAUGUCACUUAUAUUUCUCUGUGGCCUAGGCCUGAUGGUUCUCUCAGUCUUUGUUCUUCUGGCAGUUGUUGUGGUGUUUAUGAAGCACAGAAACACGAAAAGGAAAGUGGACAAAAAGAGUAAAUGGGACACUAAAAACUUGCAUGAACUGAAACAUUUAAAUUAAAAGAAAGUGCUUGCAGUUAUACCAUGGGGAAAAUGUUCAAAUGUUUUUUAAAGGUUGUAUAAAUAUUAAAAAAGAAAGUUUUGUAUAAAAAAACAUUUUUAAUUUUUAGCUAAUGAUAGACCUGGCUGAUAAUGUUUUGCUUCAUUUUUUAAGAAUUUAUUUUAAUAUGAAUUUUAAAUUAAAAAAAUAAAAAUAAAUAAAAAAUAUAUAUCUUUAAAACAUAAUAGUUAAAGAGAAGGAUCAGUGCACUUCAAUUGGACUAAUGGACUAUGUUCUGUAAAUCUUUAUCUGUCAUCAGUGGUGUAACAUUAUAAUGAAAAGGAAAUAUUUGCAUGUGCAGUCAUGAGGAAAGAAAAAUGCACUUGUUUGGAUUUUUCCCAUGCUUCUCACCCUCUUGUGAGAAAUAGUGCAGGCAUUAGGGGCUUUUACUCAUGAAUGUAUGUUAGUCAUGCUCUAUAUAAUCAAUAUGCAGGCUGCAUUCAGCACCAAUAUAUAGAUCAGUGUUUCAAAACCCUUUUUUGUGAUUGUGUCUUAUAUAUCCCCACAGCUCCAUCAUUUAGGUUUAAGGACCAAGUUCAAGUAUAUGCUCCUUUUCACUCCUACUAUCAUUUAGCAUUAUCUUUGGUAUUAUUUAUCAUUAUUAACUCAACAAAAAUGACUAAUACUUUGGGGAGAAAACUGAUUACAAAGUGGCUUCCUGUCAAACUGAAGCGAUUUAUGAAAUAUACUGUAGGACCUGUUAUUGUUUAACAGCAUUUAGGUUAAUAUUGGUAUGAUUGGCUGAGACAUUUGAUGAGACAAAAAUAGGAAAGAGUGUUGUUGUGGAGAAGUGUGAGUGAAACAAGAGCACUGUUGCAGAGAUCUAGCUUUGUAGAUUUAUUUAAAGUCUAAAAUCACAUUUUCUAAAUGUAUUUUAAAAUGUAUGUUUUAUAAGUUCAAAGAAAUCUAAAUCUUUUCGAAUACCCCCUGGAACCACACUGUUGCUCUUAAACCCAUGGUGAAAAACAGGUUACGUUCAGCCAUUUAGAUUUUUUUUAAAUAUAUCUUUAAAAAGAUAUCUGAUAGCUUUGACGUUCCUUUUGUUGUGGAUUUCCACAAAGGUGAACAUUGUAUGAAAUGUGAAAAGUCACUUAACUGAUUAAUUGUUACAUUUCAACAAAAUGAUUGAUUGAGUACAGCAUGCUACAAAGAGCUCUGAUGUUCCUUUUGAUUUAAGGAGAUGAAUAUAUUGUAUCACAAGAAACUGUGGUUGAGACAGCCCAGAGAAGAGGCAUUGGAGGGGUAGAUACUGUAGGCAGAUGGGGGAUAUGACACUCUUAUGUCACCAAGUUACCUGUUAUCUGAUAGCCACCCUUUCACCCCAUGCAGGUAGAUCAGAGUCUCACUUAACAAACCAGAGCGUUGUUUGCUGUUUUGAAAGUAUCAAUUUCAAAAUACAAAAGAAGGAAAUUAAUCUGUUUUGAGUGCCAUAAAAGCACUGGAAAAGAACUUGGAUGAAAUGGAGAAACCAUUUGCAAACUUCAUGCAAAUGACAAGUAAUUUGUAAAUAAUAACUAUGGAAAUAUUUUAUUUAUGGAACUUGUUUUGUAAAAUAUAUAAGUGCAUCUUAAAAUGGAAAACAGACAUAUCCUAUAUAUUUUAAAGAGUUGUAUCUUUGUAUGGUGGCUGACACAUGUGCCUGUAAUCAGACCCUGAUUGUCUGGAAAUCUGAUUGUCUCUAGAAGCUUAGCUUGCUGGCAGCAAGGCUGGCUUUUUUCUUCAGUCCUUUAAACGACAAAACAAAGUGCAUGUUUAGGCAGGUCUGCUCACCUUACUGUGUACAAGGAAGAAAACACUAGUUGUGAAGUUACCUGGAAUGUGUCCAUAAUAUACAGGUGAGAAAAACACAGGAUGAUACUCAAAUUACUGUGAUAUCCAUUUUAUCCAUUCGUUAUAUUUUGAGUGUUUUUAAAGUUAUUUUACAUUUCACUGCCACUUUAAUAACUGAUAAAAUACCAACUGUAAAUGUCUAUUGCAACUCUGACUAGUGCUGAUACUUUUACUGUUUUGACUCUUUUGAUCUUUAGUUCAAAAGAAUCCACAAGAAAAAAAAGCACAAGCAUAAAAGGUGUUGGAAAUUCAUAAGAGUAUGCUUAUACAUCUACAUGUGUGGCUUAGGCACCCAUAAAACAUGUGUUAGAAUGUUAUUUCAAUUUGAAAUUGCAGCCUGCUGUUUCUUCCUUCAUAAACUGUUUUGCUCACAGGUCAAUUAAAUUGCA